AUGACGGACUCAACUAUCCUACUUGACCUUGCCGCAACAAUCUCCAAUGCUGCCCUCACUAUCACCCGACAUAACCUGCAGCAAUCAAAACCAGCACCUUCUUUUCUACCCGAAUCCUCGAGAACUUCAGGUAUCACUACAAACGGUGUCUCAUUGGCUGGAAAGAAAGAUAAUAGUGAGAGCCAAAAUGCAGCAAUAUCUCUCAUCCAGGCAGCAACGGAUCUUCAGAUACUAGUAUCCGGUCCAGAGAAUUAUUUGAAGAGUCUUUCUUAUAGUUACCAUGAUAUCACAGCUAUAGCAGUAGUGAUUGAGUUUGAUCUAGCCUCAAAGGUUCCGCUUAGCUCUAGCAUCUCGUUCAGCGAAUUGUCCGCCAUCAGCGGCUGCCCUAUUGGUCGGCUUCAGCGUGUUCUUCGACUUCUUUUUGUUCGUCGAAUCUUUCAAGAAUCCCAGCCUGGAUAUGUCGGCCACACGAGCAUCUCAGAGCUGCUGGCAAUUGACCAGGACCUUACAGCAUUUCUAGGACACUGUACCCAUGAAGCAUUUCCUGCCGCAUCUAGACUGGUAGAUUCAAUUCGCCAAUAUCCUGAUACAGAGGAACCGUCACAGGCUGGCUUCAAUAUAGCAUUUAAUACGACGGAUCCGUUAUUCACUUUCCUUUCCAAACACCCCGACCGUUUUGACCGUUUUAAUCGUGGCAUGGCGGGCUUAAGCAAAAGUGGUGGCCGGUCUGAUCAGCAAGUAGUCGACGGAUUUCCAUGGGAUUCGCUUGGAAAAGCCCUUGUUGUUGAUGUUGGUGGCGGUAAUGGUCACGUAUCUCUUUCUUUGGCUGAAGCCUAUCCUCAGCUAUCAUUUGUGGUGCAAGACCUCGAAGCAGCCAUUUCGUCUGUAAAAUAUGAAUCUCGAUCAACACUACAAGAUCGUGUCCACUUUGAAAUACAGGACAUGUUCCAGACUCAAACUCGCCGUGGAGUUGAUGUCUUCUAUCUGCGACAUAUUCUCCAUGACUGGCCGGACGAUUACGCGGUGAAGAUUCUGAAAAACCUUGUUCCAGCACUUCGACCUGAAUCUCGAAUAAUCAUCUCAGACUCAGUAAUUCCACCACCUGAGCACCUUCACGGUUUACACGAAAAGUUUGUGCGAUAUCUGGACAUGCAAAUGAUGGUUUUGCAUAAUGCUCGAGAGCGCACCGAAGAGGAUUUUGCUCAGCUUCUAGCUAGAGCAGACCCACGGCUGAAACUUAGGAAAGUUUGGCGCCGGGGACCUGACACUGCAGCCAGCACCAUUAUUGAAGUGGUGUUUGAAGAAUGA